AUGCCCACGGAAGGAGAGAGCCCACUCAUCAAAGCAUUGCCGCCGGCAUCUGACUACCUGACUUAUCUGACCAUCAUCGAGUACAAUCUCACACCGGAGAACCUGCCGAUAUUGCACAAAGUCCUCCAGGACGAGAAGUUGACGACAAAUAUCGGAUGGGAUCUGGUACAUUUGCUGGUACCGUACCUUCCAGAGUCAGAACCAUGUCUGCGCGAUAUUGCACGGUUGGGCAAUCCCCGCGAAGUCAUUCUGAAGGUGACUGAGAGCUUGCGACUGAUCGACUACGAGAGUUUGGACGAGGACGCUGAGCCGCCCAGUGCCAGCGAUGUCAAGUCUCGAGCGGAGACGUCAACAUAUCCGCUCAAGACGGCGGAGAUCAGUAAUGGCAGAGCUCGAGCAGGCAGUUCUCAAGCCGUGGAACUUCCGCCGCCUUUACCAUUGCCAGUCAAUCAAUUUGUGGCACUCCUGACCAUGCUGUCAAUUCUGCAACCUCGCAUCAAGACGAAGUAUCCCAGCCGGUUUCUCAGCACAACCUUGCAAGCAAUCUUGGCAAGUUUCUCGAAUGCACCAGCAUAUCGCGAGGAGAUGGCGGAGGCGAUUGUGAAGACGAUCAAGUCGGUCACUGGCAUUCUGAGACCGACUCUUCCAUCGCGGAAAAGCAGCGGCAUGCUCAAAUCCAAUGAGUUGUACAGCAGUGAGCCAGCGGCAGAUCCGGAAGGUGAGACUGUCGAGUCCAGCGUUGAGGAAAGCGACAUGCAAACGAAGCUCCUUCAAGCUUUUGUAACGCAUAUCAUUGAGGAGUACAUGCUCAACUUCCCUCCAUAUGACGACGUGCCUGGUAUGGCCUGGUGCAGUCGAAUUAUGGAGAAGGUACAUCCAGAGCGGACAGUGCCUGAGCAGCCUACCUUCAAGGAUCGCUUUGCGAGUGAGGAGAGAUUACACAGGCGUAUAGACACCAUUGGCCAAAUGGUGACACUUGCACAAGACCUUGGAAUCACGGACCAGGAACUGCUUGAUGCUGCGGCUACAGACGAGAAGGCGGCGGACCACGACGGUGAUGAAGACGAGCCUCCUUCUUCCGCUGCAGACGUGCCACUUUCACGACUCGGAUCCACGCUCUUGUACACGGCACGACAAGCUUCCGCAGUCCUCUAUAAUAGACCUGAGGGAUCUGAUCGUCCAUUCGAGAUCUUCCCAGAUCACCAAGAGCUGCUCAAGCACUGCCUCGCAGGAGCCGAAAUGGGAACUGGAUUGCUAGGCACCGAACCAGAAGCCCUGAUCGACUCGGCGCUCGCCUUGGGUCUGGUCUGCCUUGAGCGAAACGCAAUUGGCAAUCCAGGGACGGAUGAGCAGUUCACCGAAUACCUUCAAGUCAUCGCCCUGCUCUCGGCGAACUGCCCGAAUGCGAACCUCAGAGGACAUGCUCACUACCUGACGAGCACUGUCCUUCGCUCACAACCAGACGAGGAAGUUCGACUGGGUUUUAUCCGGGACACGCUCGAGCACUGCCCAUUUGAGAACCUCAAGGUUUCAGCUGUGGGUUGGAUCAAAGGCGAAACGAUCGAGGCCAACCCACCAACACCCAUACCUGGUCAUGCGCAUGAUAAAGCCGCAGAUGAGGACCAGAAAUCCAUCUUCGCAAAAAGCCUCGCCCUCGAGAGCCUCGCGCCUCACCUCUUUCCUUCGCUGCUUGCAGACCUUGUCACGGCUCCCGUUCAGGAAGCCUGGAUGACAUUCCAGACAAACGUGUCGUUCUACCUUGCGAGCCUGAACUUCUUGUACCUUCUUCUCCAGGCAAAGCAUAUCCACGAGAACCUGGAGAUUCGAGAUAUCUGGAGCAACAACGACGUCGCCGGUAGCUUCCUUCAGCCUCUCAAAGACGCCAAAGCCAGAUUUCUGAAGGAGAUGGAGGCAGGAGGAACGUUGGCAGAUGAGAAGAGUGAAACUGCCGUCGCCGAAUUGACCUUGUUGGAGGAGACAGUCGGGAGGGUUACGAAGACAGUGGGCAACUUGAACGAGCCCUGA